CGAGUAGUUUCACUGGGUCGGACAAGGAAUGUGCCAGUCGGAUUGCCUUUUUGCACAAGAAGUCGCUCCGAGUCCUUCCUUGAUAUCUCUCGGAAGUACCACCUAGCAGUAGUACAAACAAAAAAGACUUAA